AUGUUUCAUUGGAAGAUUCUUACGGCUUAUUAUAUGGACGACGAGCCUCAUGGCCGCCAGGAUCUCACACCAACUACUGGUCCGCAUAAUAACAGUGUAACAGAACUGGAAUUACCUAAAAAGUCGGCGACAAAGCCUUCACAACAGACUCCGUCCGCAAUCACAAUCCCGUCUUCAAAUACCGGCCAAACAUCUGAUCCCAAAACUCCGGUCACUAACGACACGCCUAAGGAGACGGCACCGACUGGUGAAGCAUCGGUUGUCCAGCCGUCGACUAUUGAACCAAAACUAUCCCAACCAUCACAACCACCGCCGAUGUCAUCGCUUGAACCGGUAGUGUCCGGAGUGAAGGUAACGCCCACUCAUUCCGAUAGCAGUGUUAACCCGGAAACAGAUCUCCUGUCCAUUAAAGAUAUGGACGUUAAAGACAACGCAAAACUAACUCAAAAGUCCAUCACAACAACUGAACUAGCACCGGUUAUACCCAUGACAUUAGAGAUGUUCACUAAAGCGGAAAAUUACCAGAAAAACUAA